AUGUACAAUUUGAUUCGCAUCAACGCUCAUCAGGCUAAAGGACUCGUGCUCUUUAUCCUGUGGCGCCUGCAACAGCAAGCACGAGUCGGAAUCAGAGCCAGAGACGGAUCCAGAGAAGGAGAAGCUCAGUCUGUCCUAUCUAUGCAGCCUCUGCGGUUACUGGAUUCAUCCAGAUUUGCUUAUGCGAGCAGCAGCAGUGAUGGUGGUGACAGUGAUCCAUCUAAAAUCCAUGAACAUCCAUUGAUAUUCCAUGAAAGUGAGGAUGUGAAGCAGUCUUACCGCCGCGUAUGCAACGCAUGCGUCCAAUACGUUUCUCCCCCAUUUUAUAGCUGCUCUGAAUGUCCAGACUUCUUUCUCCAUGGAUGCUGCGCUCGUCUUCCAGAGCUAAUCAGGCACCCUGCCCACGCAGAACACAGCCUCGUGCUCCACUCCAAAGCGCCAAAAACCGGCUUCUCCUGCAGGGGUUGUCAUCUACGCUGCAAUGGAUUCGCAUAUUCUUGCGAAAACUGCGAUGACUUCACCUUGGAUGUCGUCUGCAGCCUCAUCAACCCUGCAAUAACACACAAACCCCACAAGAGCACCCACAUUCUCUUCAUGUCUCGUAGCAUGAUCAUCGAUGAGAAGUGCAGCUGCUGCGCUUCCAUCUUGAAUGGGAUCUGCUACGAGUGCAGCAGCUGUCCUAUCUUCAAGCUACAUGUCAGAUGCGCCCUUCUCCCCAAGACUGUUCGCCACUACUAUGACCAGCACCCUCUUCGGCUAACUACAAAUGCCCCGGAAGGAGGCACCAAUGGUACUGAUGAGUUCUUCUGUGAGGUCUGUGAAGAACGUAUCGACAUAGAGCAGUGGAACUACAGUUGCAGCAAGUGUUAUCAGUUGUUCCACGUUGAUUGCAUUCCCUCUAUAGAUCAGCUUUCUAGGAUCAAGUUGGGUUCUCAUGUUCGUGUGGAUGUCCAUGGCUGCCCUGUCGAGCUGGUUAGACGGAACGAUUCUGUUUGCAGCGGCCGCAAGUGUGGAUCUUGUCAUGAAGCAUUGAGGUUGGGUGAUGAUGGUCUGGCUUAUGAGUGCAGCAACUGUUUCUUCGGCUUGCACCAAAACUGUGCCAACAAACAUUUCUUCUAG